GUCCAAUUAACACCAUAUUUCUCCAUUAAGAUUGUACUGUUGUAUAUUUCCUGAUGUCUGGAAAACGGAAUUAACUUUUAAUAGAAUAUCGAUUCCUUUUCUUGAAACUCCAAUAAGACCUUCCUUUUCAUCAACUAUAACAGAUGUCCAGCUGCUUGACGAGUUAACAAAUACAGGACUUCCUGAUGUACUAUGCUGGGAUAGCACCACUACACCAUCAUCCAUUAGAGUAAUAUCACUAAAGCUAAUAUACCCCGAACCAGAUGACCCUCCACCUACUGCUCCUUUUAUUUUCAAACAACCUUGAGCGCUAGAAAGAAGAAGUAGAAACACUGAAAAAAUCGCAGAAUUCAUUUAUAAUUGACGUAUAUAUUUCAGAAGUUUGAUAACAUGAGAUUUUUAUACAUCAUUUUUAUAGCGGGUGUCUGCGCCGCUUCUGAGAUUGGAGUAGGUGUUAGCCCUUAUGCUAUUCCUCCUGGAGAGAGGAAUUAUGGAAAUAGUGUUUCUAUUCUGAUGGACAACUCAACUCUUUGGACUGGAUCUCAGUUGUUUGGAAACCAUGACCACAGCAAUAUAGCUAUGGCUCUCUCUCAAGGAGCAUGGACUAACAAGGGAUGGCUUUAUGCUGAUAUGAUUCCUGGAGGAAAGGCUGGAUGUGGACCAUGGACCAUGAAAGAUUUUUCUUUUUCGGAACCAACUUUUCCUUCAAGUUAUUCUUCUAAAGACAUGGAUCUAGUGAAGGUUGCAAAUCAGGCUUGUCUCCAGAGAAUGUCUAAUUGGAUUGAGGGUAUAUGUGGAAGAAAAAGCGGACUUUUUACUACUGGGGGAUGCUCAUGCGGAUUCGUAUUUGGUGAAAAAAUAGAUGCUAUAUCUACAGCAAGAAGUAUGAUUAGUGAUAUAAUAGAUGAAGAUAUGAAAAAAUUUGAUAGAGAAAGAAAAGACUUUGUGCCGCCAGCUAAGUGUGAUACAGAGAUUGUUAUCAGCGUUGAUUGUUCUCCUAAAUCUAGUAUAGAUCUAACGAUGAGAACUAUUAUGAAUUACAUUGGUGGUGAGAAACCGUCAUCUUCCUCUAGUAAGGUGAGACAAAUACCUGUGUCCAACUGAUUACAGUGACUUUUUAAAA